AUGAGUCCGCCACCCAUUCUGCCAACCACAACAAUGACAACCCAGAACAGAGAAAUCUCAUCGGUCAAAUCCAAAGUCCACAUAGACGACCUCAACAUACGAUCAACUUUCUCACCAGCCCAGGGCAUAACCAUCACCGUUGAUCAUGAAGUCGACGCCGAUGAAGCAAAAGUGUUGGCAAUGGGGUACAAACAAGAGCUCAAACGUGAGUUUUCGCUUUGGUCGUUAUUUGGAAUGAGCUUUUCACUAUUGGGAUUGUUACCAUCAGUAGCUGCCACUUUCUUUUAUCAACAAUUAGUGAUCGGAAUGUCUCCGUUACCUUGGAUAAUUGCAAUUAUUUUCAUAACGUCAGUGGCAUUAUCAUUGGCGGAAAUAUCGUCGGCAUAUCCAUGUUCUGCCGGUGCUCCUUACGCAACAUCACAAUUGGCGCCUCCUAAAUACAAGGCUUUUUUUUCGUGGUUUGCUUAUUGGACAAAUUGGUUUUGUCAAAUUACGGGGUCCCCUGCGGUUAGUUCCACUUGUGCCAGUUUGAUGUUGGCUUUAUACUCAUUCAAUUCAUCAACGUACACACCGACAGCAGGACACAUUUUCGGAUUGUCCACGGGGAUUCAAAUUGUGUGUGGUAUAUUGUGCUCGUUGCCAUUGCGGUACGUGACCAAGUUUUGUUCAUUUACUGCUUGGUGUAAUGUGGCAUUUUUGAUUAUUGUAUUUGUGAUGCUUUUAGGUGGCAAUCAAAGAAUGGAGUUGAGUGAAGGAGCCACAACGAAGUUCAACUCAAAUUCAACGGCAUGGUCGUUGGAGAACCAAACUGAAUGGCCACAAGGCUUAACCUUUUUGAUCUCAUUCUUGGGUGUGAUUUGGACAAUGUCUGGUUAUGACUCACCAUUCCAUUUAGCUGAAGAAUGUUCAAAUGCCGCAGUAGCAGUACCUCGCGCAAUUGUAAUGACCAGUGUUGUUGGUGGUAUUAUUGGGUUUUUCUUUAUGAUUGCAAUUGCUUAUACGUUGGUUAGUAUUCCACUAGUGGCUGAGGAUACAUUGGGACUUGGUCAACCAUUUGUUUCAUACAUGGUGCAAGUAAUGAAACACAAGUUGGUGGUUGCUUCAACUGCAUUUACGGCAAUCUCAUCUUUUUUCAUGUCAUUGAACUGUUUAUUGACGUCGUCAAGAGUGACAUUUGCCUAUUCAAGAGACGGAUUAUUACCAGGAUCAGACAUUUGGAAAAAGGUUAAUCCAGUGACACGUACACCAAUCUACGCAGUUGCAAUCAAUAUAAUCAUUGGUGAAUUGCUACUAUUGUUGAAAUUUGCCGGUGAUGUGGCCAUAGGUGCAAUCUUUUCAGUUGGUGCUAUAGCUGCGUUCACAUCCUUCACAUUGCCAACGCUUUUCAAACUAACCACAGCUAAAAACACGUUUAAACCAGGACCAUGGAACUUGGGCAAGUUUUCCCAACCAAUAGGGUGGGUAUCUGUGGCGUUUGUGGUCAUGAUGAUUCCUAUCUUGUGUUUCCCCACAGUCAAAGGCAAGGACCUCCAUCCAAAGGAAAUGAAUUGGACUGCGUUGGUUUAUUUUGGGCCCAUGCUACUCGUCACUAUAUGGUAUUUUGUUGAUGCGCAUAAAUGGUACAAGGGACCCAAGAGCAAUAUUGAUGAGGCUGACAUUGUGUAUGAUGCGGAUGCGAUUGAAGAUGGAAGUGAAGUGGGUGAAGAAGAAAAGAGGUAA